AUGUCAUCUUACAAAUUACUGACGUCCUUAAAACUCUAUAUUUUUUCCUGCAUCUUCGGUGCAAAACCAAUCGCUACACUACCGUUUGAUGACAAGGGCAAUACAGAGGUCGCAGAACCUCAGAAGAAUACAUUGGCGGUCGUCACAGAAAUCGGGCAGGAUGCGCUGAUAGAGGACCCUCCGCGUGACGCGACCGGUGAGGUUGCGGAACAUCCAGGCCUGGCAGCCGAAGGGAUCCACGAGAGCGAGCAGGUGAACUCUCCAGUUGUCAUUAGCAAUGGGUCAUCGCCGGACCCUGUAAUGACCUCUCCCUGCCCUUGUACACCACGUCUUGACUUGAUUCAAUUGUCGGAGUUUUCUUUUGACACGGUGUAUGGUCCAUUGUAUGAGGGGAAUGAGGAUGCUCCUCUGAUUGGUCUAGGAUUGAUGGGCCUCUCGGAGCACAUCAAGGACAUCAGCACCAUAUCAGAUUCCUUGGAUAGUCCCCAUAUGAGUUAUUUACCCAUAACAGAGUCUGUCACUGGUAACAGAUAUUGCCAGGCAAACUCUCAUGUAUAG